UCGUUUUGAAGACAAAAUAUCCCCCCAAGUUUCACUCAUUGUUUAUUAACUCAUGUGUGGUUUAUGUAAUUCCAAUUAUUUUUUAGAAGAAAUUAUGAAUUUGCUGAUUGGUUUUAUGGUACUGGGAAAUCUAAAUUUGUAUUCCCUAGUUUCUGCAGAUGUAUGUCCAAAACCAGUAGUAGAUGUAAAUUCAUAUAAUGUAAAGGAAAGAUUUCAAAAACUGGUAGAUGCUAUUGGAAAUCAGGCAUUGGAAGUACGCUUCAAGCACAACAGACAGAGUGGAGACAAUGAUGAGUACGAUUACAAAAUAACUCUUUGUGGAAAAAAAAAUGGUGACGAUGCUGCAACGCAAAAAGAGACAAGUAGUAAAACUUCCAAAAGUCAAACUCGUGUAAUAGCCAAGCAUACUAACCGAUCUCUUCUUAUUGGGGGUGAGGACUGGUUAUGGUUGCAAUAUUUCGAUGGUGAAAAGUACCAAUCACACUGUUCUGGUAAACGUAAACAAACAUGGCUUUCUAUUCGUUGCGAAGAAGACGGAGAGAAACCAGAUUUAAAAGUAAUUGAGGAAGCUCGCUAUGAAAACAAGGAGAAGAGACAUAAAGAUACAUUGUGCUACUUUCUGUUUGAAUACAACCACCCUGCUGCAUGUUCACAUUUGAAAAAAAAGAAAAAGUUGAGCGGCGGUGCCAUCUUUUGUAUUAUAUUGUUGGUAUUGGCAUCUGUUUAUCUUAUUUUUGGAUUUUUGUAUCAGCGUUAUGUUGUUGGAGCAAAAGGCUGGGAACAAAUUCCAAACUUUAGUUUUUGGAGGAAAGUGGGAAAUGCUUCAGCGGAUGGUUGUGACUUUGUGUGUAGGAGAGAGGAACACCCAACUACUUACAAGGGAAUGGCGGAUGCUCUAGAUAUUGACACCAGUGAUGAUGAGGACAAAGAUGAUGGAUUGCUACCCAUGUAACAGUUGUCUCUGACUGUCGGAAAGUAAGAAGAAUGUUGUGAUGGAAGCCAGUAUACAAUUGAAAAUAUAUUUCAUUCAAUUUCUCGUCACUUUUAUGAAAAUAUGAUUUGUAUACAGUCGUUGUUGUUGUUGUUGUUUUGUAUAUUCUCAUUUUUUUUACUCUUUUAAAAUUCUAUGAUAAACCUUGGAACAAUAUAAAUCCAAUUUCAUACUAUUUUUUAUAGACACUUGUUUUUUCUUCUGUCAUCGUUCUCAAUCAUUUAAUUUUCAUUCGUUUAACGCCAAGAAUAUAUUUGUUUUUAUUCUUGCA